AUGUUGCCCCGUCAGAUGCUAGGGCUCAACGUCUCCAGACGUGCCUUCUCGUCAUUUUCACGUACACUUAAGAAGUCUGAUAAGAAGCUUCUGCCUAAAGAAUUCUUGGAGAAGGAAGCAGCCGAGAGAGUCCAGAAUGAGCAGUUCAAGCAGAACUUGUUGAGCAAAGAAUUCACAGCAGAACCCAAGAUCAAGUCCGCCGGCUCCAUUCCCCUCAACUUGGAACUUUUGCAAUAUAAGCCUAUAAGGCUUCCGCCCACACAUGGCCAUGAAGUCGCCAAGCUCAAAUUCAGAGGAUACAACGAGGACCACUUGACAAGAGCAUCUGAGUUUGCUGCCAGAGCCGCCUUUUACUUGGGCAUUCCAUGUUCUCGUGUGAAAAAAGUCAAAACGGAACGUAGACUAUACACCGUGAUCAAGUCGCCCUUUGCCCAGUCCAAGAGUAAAGAGAACUUCUUGAGAAUCACAUACAACCAACAGUUGAUUGCCUACGACACCAACCCAGAAGUGCUUGAUUUGUGGCUUUCAUACAUCAACAAGCAUGCAUUGGAAGACGUAAAGUGUCUGGCCGAGAUCACCACACGCGAGAAGCUCGACUUUGCCAAAUCCUUGGAUGCCAUGACCGCCCAGGAUGCUAAGUUCCCUGAUGCUUACACAGACACCACCGACCCCAUUGCCGCCAAGGUCAAGGACUUGUUGCAGUCCGAGCAGUUCAAGCAGCACUUCUAA